GAAAGACGUCAGAGAUGACUGAUGUUGAGCCUGUAGUCACAGAUUUUGCUGCAUCCGGACGGGCAGGGCGCCGAAAUGCUUUACCAGACAUUCUGGGUUCUUCUGCCGGAGCUGGAACGUCCGAACUGCCACACAAAUUAGCAAAACUCUCAAUGUCAGAAGGAGCUGAAGGAGGAGAAGCGUCAUCCUCUGAUGCCACUAUGGAAAACCAAGAGAUGGAAGGAAAAAGAAUAGAUUCCUAAUGUUUAUAAAAUGUUCAGUUUUGGUGAUUACCUACAAACUUCACUGCCAGAGUGUCCAAGACUCUGAAAUAUGUAAUAUCUGUAACUGGCUAAUAUGAAUAUGGCGUGUUGAAAAAUUAGUUGUUUUCAAUUUCAUCAAGAAGCAAUUUAUUUAUUUAUAAAUCAUAGCCAGCAUCUGCAGAAAAAAAAA